AUGGCUGAUGAUCCACAAGAUGUAGCUGACAGGGAGCGCAUUUUCAAGCGUUUUGAUGCCAAUGGCGAUGGCCAAAUCUCUUCAUCGGAACUCGGGGAAGCACUGAAAACACUUGGAUCAGUGACUGCAGAAGAAGUGCAAAGGAUGAUGGAUGAGAUUGAUAUUGAUGGGGAUGGGUACAUUUCAUACGAGGAGUUCACAGAAUUCGCCAAAGCCAACCGAGGUCUAGUUAGGGAUGUUGCCAAAAUCUUUUAA